AUGACCGGGACCGCUGCGUCUGCCAGCCACGAGAUCAUACGCGCCAAUAAAACGUACGGUCGCGCCCUGCUCACCCUCCGUGUUCUGGUGCAGAACCGGCGCAAGGAGAAGACUCCGAUCCUGGUGUUCGGCUCGCACGCACAAGUGCUAAGCAAAGUGUCGUCGACGGAUGCAGUGCAGCGGGGCAGGACCCCGUGCAACAACGUCAUCUUGUUCACUCGAGACGGGAUUCCCCGGGCAGCACUCGGUGUCGCCAGAAAUCCAUGGGACAAUCACCCCAGGCUGCUUGUGCCUCACUUUAACACGACAGAGCUCCAGCAAGCCUCGCCGCCUGGAGGCCGUCGCUGGGACUAUAGCGAUGGCAUUGUUCGUCUCAAAAAGGGAGACUUUGUGGUCUACCAGUUCCAGUUCCAUGUCGGCGACGACGACACGAUCUGCAAAGACUGGGAGGCUCUCAACGCCCUCGAGUGCUUUGCUCUCCCCUGGGCGCCAUGGGACAAUGCGACCCCUUCUAGCUUCAUCGCCCUCAGUCUGCCUACCCUCCGAGGCCCCCCUUUGAUCGAAUUUCCCGAUACUCCCGGCCGAUUGCUCUGUGCGCCCUUCGACCACGCUGCUGUCAACCACUACUUUGCAGACUUCCUCGAGAACAGCGAGGACGCCUUCCUGCGCAGUCACAUUGGACCGGACAGUGCGGUCAUGUUGAACACGAUCAAGAAUACGACGUUGAGCAUGGCUGAUAGGCUGUUGGACAGGGUCAUUGAGAAUGGCAACAUGGAUGUGCUGCUGGAGCGCCUACGUGCAUGUGGUAGAGAUGAUCUGGUCGAGAAACUCUUGCAGUGA